AUGGAGAGAUCAGCUGUGUUGCUCAAGCCGGUUCUCCCGCCAGCGUCUGUGCUCACCAAGGGGACGCAGCGCGAGACAGGGGGGAACUUCACGGCAGCGCCGGUGAUGCUGUUUGUGUACGAGGCAGGGCAGACACGGUUGGGGUGUGGGCUGGAGCUCGCCUUCCACGCCAACUUCACCUUCUCCUUCUCUCCUCAAACCGGCCGCGUGGGCUUCAACGGCUUUGCCUUUGUCGUCUCUGCGAUAGACCGGGUGGGGAGUGGUGCAGGUGUGGGGUAUGGUGGAAUGGACACGCGGAGCAUUGCAGUUGAGUUUGACGCGCUGCAGAACAAGGAGCAUGGCGACAUGAGCAGCCAGCACGUGGGGCUGAACAUUCGAGGCGAGGACAAGUCGCUAGCCGCUGUGAGGUCGCCCUUCCCUCUGAGCAACAGGAAGGCGUACACGGCGUGGGUGGACUAUGAGCCGGGGAACCCCGGCACCAUCCAGGUCUUCCUGGCUGACUUGCAGGAGAAGCCGCAGCAGGCACUGCUGGAGAGGAGGCUGGCGCUGUGUGAGGUGCUGCAGGGUGCAGCCGAGCAGCCCGCCUUCUUCUUUGGCUUCGUGGCAUCCACCACUGUAAAGCCGUUUCAGCGCCACGUCAUUCUUGAAUCGACAGUGGACACAGGUAAGCAGAGUGUGCUGUUAGAAGGAUGA